AAAGUAAACACUACGUUGCCGUAAAGCAAUUCGUUGACGGUAGCCAAAAUGGCCGCGACCGUGAAAAGAUGCGGUCUUGUGUCAAUGAGGAGUAUUUUUGGACUUUUUCAACCGAGGUUAGCGACAGCAGCUGCCGGUCCUCAUCAGCUGUCCUGUUUCCACACCAGCACUGCAUUCGAAGCAAAGCACUGGGAGAGGAAGAACAAGAUCAUUUAUCCGCCUCAGCUGCCCGACGAGCCCCGCAGACCAGCCGAGAUCCAUCAUUCAAGGAGACAGAUCAAGUACAGCAAAGACAAGAUGUGGUACCUGGCUAAAAUGAUUAGGGGGAUGAGCAUCGACGAGGCCGUGGCGCAGUUGGAGUUCAAUGACAAAAAAGGGGCCAAGAUCAUGAGAGAAGUGCUCGUGGAAGCUCAGGAGAUGGCGGUGAAGAAUCACAAUGUGGAGUACAAGUCCAACCUCUAUGUGGCCGAGUCUCACACGGGGAAAGGCAUGUACCUGAAGCGCAUCCGCUACCACGGAAGAGGCAUGUUUGGAAUCAUGGACAAAGUCUACUGCCACUACUUUGUCAAGCUGGUGGAGGGCCCUCCGCCCACCGUGGAGAAGAAGACCAGCUUGGACCAGGCUAACGAGUACGUGGAGAGCCUCAAGAGGAGGACCGUCAUACACAGUCUGUAGAGCGCACGGCCAUCGUCAGUCAGUGUGGCAAGAUUUUGUUGUUGUUGUUGUUGUUGUAAAUAAACCCCUGAAGAGACACUC